AUGUCUUUUUCGAGUUUACUACCAGCUCCUAGAGCAAUCAUUUCUUCACACGCAGCAGAAGAAGACGACGAUGACAAUGACCAACAAGCAUCACUAAAGCCAUCAGCACCAAUACGAAAACAGAUUCCAGCAUAUGGCCAACGACGAAACUUUAUACCAAAGACACCCGAAGACUACGGAGAUGGAGGUGCAUUUCCCGAAAUUCAUGUGGCUCAAUAUCCACUCGAUAUGGGACGAACUAGAGCUGGCAAGACAUCAUCGACUAUCCCAUUGACUACUGAUGCCAGUGGCAGAAUAAGGUACGACAGUGUCCUAAAGCACGCUGAUAAAAGUAGUGCUAGUAUAGCUGGCAUGCAAACUCAGUUCAAGGACUUGGUGCCCAUGGAUAUAAAGGCUGAUGAUUCGUGGGACAAGCCUGGUGAAGAUGUCGUUCAGGAGACUACGGAAAAGACUAGAGCUGCUUUGGAAAAGGUCUUGUCAUCGAGAAUCACUGCUGGUCAGCAGCGCGCAGACAAAGAUGGUGAAGAUGAUAAAGGCCCAGCCUAUAUAAAAUACACAUCAACCCAAGCUGGAAAUAAUGCUACAGGCACUCAAUCCCGAAUCAUUCGUAUGGUGGAAGCUCCAAUAGAUCCAUUAGAACCUCCACGAUUCAAGAUUAAAAAGAUGCCUCGUGGACAGGGCUCGCCACCACCUCCCGUAAUGCAUUCACCACCUCGUAAAGUAUCUGUAGAAGAACAAAAAGCAUGGUACAUACCUCCCACCAUAUCGAACUGGAAGAAUGCCAAAGGGUACACCAUACCUCUGGACAAACGAUUAGCAGCAGACGGUCGUGGCCUACAGGAAAUAACUAUAAAUGAUGGAUUUGCUAAAUUAUCUGAAGCCUUGUUUAUCGCUGAUCGACAUGCUCGAGAAGAAGUUCGAGUACGUGCUGAAAUGCAGUCUAGACUAGCUGCCAAAGAAAAGAAGGAAAAGGAAGACAAGUUGAGAACAUUGGCUCAACAGGCUCGAGAAUCUAGAAGUGGUAUAUUGCCAACUAGUAGUAGUGCUGGGGGUGGAGAUGGUAUUGGAACGAAUUCCAAUGCUAUACCAUUAGGUAUUCGUAAAGGUGGCAUGACGCCAUCACAGUCACCAGAAUCUCGAAGAGCUGUGAGUGAUGAGGAUGACGACGAGGAUGAAGAGACUCGUCGUGCUGCCAAGGAACGUGAUUCACUCAGAAGAGAGCAACAAAAGAAACGUGAACGAGAAAUGAGAAUGACACAUAUGGGUGCUGAGACCAAGCAGAGAGUGUUAUCCAAGAGUGACGAGAGAGAUAUAUCCGAAAAGAUUGCCUUAGGUCUUGCCAAACCAACAAUGUCGAAAGAAGCCAUGUUUGAUCAACGUCUCUUCAACCAAUCGGAAGGCAUUGGCUCUGGUUUUGGAAACGAUGAUUCCUAUGGCAUAUACGAUAAAGCUCUAUUCGCGGGUGGCAGCGCAUCCGCCAUAUAUCGACCCAAGAAGACCACCACCGAUGUAGCACCAGGAGUCGAUACCGAACGUAUAGAUCGAAUCCUUGAAGGAAGCGGUAAUGCUCCUCAUCGAGGUUUCAAGGGCACAGAAGGUGGUCCGGGUGUCUCACAAUCAGGAUCAGCGAGAGAUGGACCAGUGCAAUUUGAAAAGGAGGAGGCUGAUAUGUUUGGUAUUGACUCCUUCUUGAGUACUGCUAAGCGGGGCCGUGAGCCUGUUAAAGAAGUGCGAGGGGGAUCUAUGGCUGCUGCUGUAGCUGGUAAAAAGGAGGAUUAUGAUGGUGGUGCGGGUAGUAAACGGAAAAUGAAUUUCGAGCCGGCCGGUGGUAGCAGUAGUGGUGGUGAUAAGCGUGGAAGGUAUUGA